AUGAAUUUGUCUUGGGCUAACCAGUUUGCUAAGACUGCUCUCAAAACAGCUCAACAGAAAAUCGACAGUGUUCUCGACAUUCGGCCGGACGAUGAAGAACCUACCAGUUCAGCUGCGGAUGUAAUCCCAGAUGAGCUGCUUAUCAACCCUGUUGUCCCACUUGUCACCGACGAGGUGAACGUACCUGCUGCUCAGGUGACACCAAUAGUGAAUGGAGAGAGUUGGUCGAAUGCAUGGAACAGCGUGUCAACUGGUACUGGUCAAGAGCUCAUCGUGGACUCGGAGCCAAAUCCUAUCAGAGACGAAGGUCCGCAGGCAUCAGCGUCUCUGUUCGACCACUCACCGUCUUCGAACUCAUCUGAUGGAAUAGAACCUGGGCAAUCACCGCAAAAGGUCAGUGACUACGAGGGGAGCAAGAGGGUGGAGACGGGAAAUGUCGAAAAAUCUGUGUAUGUGGAGGUUGAUCUGUCUGUUCCUAGCCCUGAUGAGGUUCAACUUGCUUCCUCAUCUGAAACCGUUCAGGAAGAAAACGUCAUACCACCGUUACCCGACAUUGUCCGUCGAAACUCUCAUCAAGAUGAUUCGAUAACCGUUGCCUCUAGUGAUAUAGAAGUGAUUCGUAAUGCAGACGCAUGGUCACUUGCUAGUAGUAAACCUGCGACCGAUCACAUGCCAUCACAUGUUUUGACAAUGAAGCACGAUGUUACGGAAUCAUUCCGUGCCCAACUUCUACAUGCUGAGCAACGCAGGAAUGAAUUGAAAGCAGCAAAUGACACGUUGCAGACGAAUAACGUGCAGCUACAACAGCGAAUCAUUCUCCUCAAUCAACAGCAAUCAUCUCUGAAGAAAGAAUUAGAGGGAAAAAAGGCAGAGUUGGAGGACCUUUUAGCUGAGGGUAAGCGUCUAUCCGAUCACUCUGGGAAACAGGCUCGGGAAAUCCGACGUCUGAAAAGUGAGUUAGCUGAACUAGAAAAGGUAAAAGCCGAGCGGAAACGGUUGAAAGAAGAAAAAAGCCGAGCUGAGGAAACAAUUGAUCUCCAAAGAGAAGAAAUCACUUCACUCAAAAAUAUGGUUAAGCAGCUGGAGUCCAGUGCUGAGCAACUACUGAAGGAACAGUCAAUGCGGGCGGCCAGCACAGAGGUCGCUCAGAAGCAUGUAAUGGAGCAGAACAAACUUGUAGCAGAAUUGGAACGAGAUUUAUUAGAGGCUAGGAAACAAAUAGAUGAACUAAAUGAUUCUAACAGAAAGUUAACCAGGGAAACCGAACUGAUGCAGUCGGCCAAUUGGUCCGAGCGUUUAGCCGGAGAACGCGCGAACGAAACGGUAGCAACCAUCAACACCGAAUUACUCGAAGCUCGAGCUCACAUCGAACAUCUUCAGUCUCAAUUGCAGAACACUGAGAGUCGGCUUGAAGUUGUGUUAAGUGACCGGAACCAUGUGGCAGAAUCCAUUUCUCAAAGUAACAUUCCUUUAUUGGAAGAAAUCAAUAAUCUGAAGCAGUUACUGUACCGUGAGCAGAGUGCGAACGAGGAGUCCGACAUAAAGAUGCGUUCUUUGAAGAGAGAACUUGAUUUAGUGAGAGAGCAGUUCGAGAAGCUUAAAGAGAUUAAUGACUCCAUGGUCGUGCAUCAUCAUCAAGAGUUAACGGUGGUGAAUCAGAAAGUACAACAUCUUGAACGAGAGCUAGCGCUGGUGCAUGAAGCGAAAGAGGUAACUGUGAAGGAACAUAAAUCGGCAAGAGCGGUUGAUGCUGCUGCAAUUGAAAAUUUGCGAGAGGAGAACACCGUGCUUCUCAAUGAGAUCUCUUCACUUCGAACAAACCUGAAAGGACUUAAAGAUGAAAACGAAGCGUUGAAGGUGUCACUAGAAGAAGUAAGAGCUCAACGAGUAAUGCCACAACCUGUUGAAAAGACGACGAAGAUCCAACCUCAGAAAGAUGCUGGUUAUCCUGAAAACAACACAUUCGGUGACAUUGCUGCGCCAACGGCACAGGUAGCACCGUUCUCACUUACACCGCCUCAAAGUGCGACGGCUGUACUGCACGACAUGUCGCUGAAGAGGAUCAGUUUUCUGGAGCAAGAGGCAAUGCGUUGUGGUCAGUUAGAAGAGCAGGUGCGGCAGCUGAAAAAGGAGCUUCAGGUUCUGAAUCAACAAUACAACGGGUUGUUGGUAGUUGAUGGAGAAAGACUUGAGAGAAUUGAAGAGCUCGAAAACGACGUCAUUGAUCUUCGCCAAUUGUUGAAAGAACAGUUUUCAAUUUUAAUUAUGAAGCUACUUUACGGUGCACCAAUGUGGCAGGAAAUCAAGAGGUUGUCUAUUCCUAUGGAAGAACGAAUUCUUCAAUGGGAUUCUGUUGCCUUUUUGCCAUGA